AUGAAAUUCUUCAACCUCUCUAUCAGCACACUUCCAGUGCUGAUAUAUGCCGUCACCGUCUCUGGCACCCCUGCAGCAAAUCCAUCAGUUGCCCUCCUGACAAAUACUGCAGUGCAACUUGAAGCCACUCCCAGUUCCCGUGCCGGCGCCAGUGCCUGGGACUUUCGCCUCUACAAGAACCACAAGUGCAGCGGCUCUGCAAAGAAUUUUACUGGUUCUGGAUCGACAGAUUGUCGCUCAGAUAUUCAUGGCAGUGUUUUGGGAUUCAUCAGAGUAGAUGUUGACCCUAGCUGCGACAUCAUGCUAUACAAAGACAGCAAAUGUUCGAAAGGGGAUAGUAUCGGGUCUAUCUCUUACGACACGGCGGAUACGUGCACUGCGUCGAGGAAGAAAAAGAAGAUUAAGAGCUUUAGAGUGACCUGUCUCGGAUGA